AUGGAACCACAUAAUUCGCCCAAAGGAACAAAAGGAUCCAGAAAGUCAACGCACGAAGAGCUCUUGGCCGCCUCACAUGCUGUUGAACAGGAGAUCAACGCCGUCAAAGCCCUGAAACGGCUUUCUAUCGGCAACAAUCUAAGCUACGACCCGGACCUACCUUAUAGCGAGUCGGAGAAAAUGGACUUUGAUAUAAUAGACAUACACAACGAUAAGGAGAACGAAACACCGAAAGACGAUGAGCUGGAUCAAGAUCACAUACUGCCGGAAGCUAACGAGUUCAUGUGGGUGCCGGCCACGGCACAUCCCCAACUGGCUCCGGAGAAAUUCCGGAAACACGUUCAGGCCACGGUCGACGAGAUCACGUCCAAGCUUCAACGUUCCGCGUCGUCGCGUUCUUCUCUUUCCCAUGAGACCCGUGACCCUCAGACCGACCUGGAAAAGCCUGCAGAGCUCAACAGAGCCGAUACCGGACUCCGCAGAAAGCCAUCCAUCAAGCAGCUCACGAAGGAGUUGGAGUCGCUUUCCCAGAUGGCCGGUCUUGAUGACACGGACGCGGUCACCCUUGCCCGGACGCUUUCCUCGUCGUCAUGGAAACUCAAAGAAAAUAUCGACUCUGUCUCCUCGCUUUCGCGCAAGUCGUCUGCUUCCAGCGUCGACUCGGAGCUCGACUUGCCCGGAUCACAGCUAAAGAGAUCAAAAUGGACAACGUACAGGAGAGGUUCCAGAUCUUCGCGAGCCACGCCUCAGUCAUCACAUAAUCUAGCCAACUCUACAUCCUCGGCAUCUCCAGAGCUCACUGCGUCAAAGACCCUCCCGCAUACUCACAGUACAAAGCCUGCCAAGUUGGCUGCUCCAACGUCUGCAGCCGUCUCGUCAGAGAUCCUGCCGUCCGCAUCAUCAAAGGCACCGACAAGCUCUCUUCCUCCACUUCCUGUAGAGAAGAACUCACCACUACCUCCUUUACCCAAAGAACAGACUGACCAGACAGCUCCACCCGUGAGAUCGCCACCUCAAACCCCAGAAAAACCUGUUGAACAGAAAUCUAGCAGAAAGUCAAGCUGGACUUGGCUCAGCGGCAAUAAAGACAAGGAGAAAAAAGAGAAAGAGCGGUCUCCUCCAAAUCACUCACGCAACAGACAUGGCACGGCUUCUGACGUGGUGUCGAUCCAAAAUGCAGAGUCUCCUUUCCCGUCACCUCCUCGCGAACCAGAAAAAGAGAAGAAAAGCCUAAGUGGAUUUUUCAAGCUCAAGAAAGACAAAUCCAAAUCGACAGAGAAGUCGGCUCCUCCAGAAGGUCUUUCUGACUCAGAUAACGAAAGCAUCACAGACAAGCGAAUACUAAAUCUGAGAAAGAAAAAAGAAGAGCCGAAGCCGGAGCCCGUUGUUGAACAACCACGCCCAGCAUUACAACAGCAUGCUCCUCCUCCUGCAGAACCCCCUCUUGAUGCGGUCUCUGAGAACAUCAAGCAAACGCUAAUGUCGCAGAGACGCAACACAAAGCCCAAUCAGCCUCUUCAGAUGACUGAUUCUGCCUUUGGCUUUCCGCUGCCCCCUAUAUCUCCAUCAACACUGGUGAUGCUGAACCAUCGCUUUCCGAUACAUGUGGAGCGUGCUGUUUAUCGAUUGAGCCAUCUGAAGCUAUCAGACCCAAAGAGACCUCUUUGCCAACAGGUGUUGCUGAGUAACUUCAUGUAUGCUUACCUGAAUUUGGUGAACCAUACUUUAUUCUUGCAGCAGCAGGAGGAAACAUACGCCCAUCCUGUGGAGGAAGAACCUUUCGUGGAACCAGUUGAGGAGUACGCUUUUGACGACGUUUACGGGGGCUAUACUGAGGAGGUAGUCUAUGAACAUUGA